AUGCACAACGCUAUCCAAAACGAUUGGAACGGGAAAUUCCAUGUGAGCAAUUCAUCCGAUGAAAUAGAAAAGCUCGUUACUUCGCUCCAGCAGCGGGUGGUUGUCGACAUGACGAAGCAGGCCUGCUCCGAAGCACAGAAUGACCUUAAUGCAUACUACAAGGUUGCCAUGAAAACUUUCGUCGACAACAUUUGUAGGCAGGUUAUCGAACGGCAUAUCAUCGCGAAGCUUCCAGGUGUUUUUGAGCCUGUCCUUGUGAGUGGAUAUGAGACUGAGGAAUUGCUUCGAAUGGCAGCAGAAUCUGCGCAAGUCAGUAUCCGCCGGGACGAAGCACGUCAUUUCCAGGAAGUGCUGGAGAAAAGUCUUGAGGAUUUGAGUGUUUGA